AUGUUAAAAGUAAAACCAGUAAGAACAGCAUCUGGAGUUGCAAUAGUAGCAGUUAUGUCAAAACCUCAUAGAUGUCCUCAUAUUGCAACAACAGGAAACAUAUGCAUUUAUUGUCCAGGAGGUCCUGAUUCUGAUUUUGAAUAUUCAACCUAAAGUUAUACUGGAUAUGAACCUACUUCUAUGAGAGCUAUUAGAGCAAGAUAUAAUCCUUAUAUUUAAUCAAAAGAAAGAAUAGAAUAGUUAAGAAAAUUAGGACAUGAUGUUGAUAAAGUAGAGUUUAUUAUUAUGGGAGGUACUUUUAUGUCUUUAGAUGCAGCUUAUAGAGAUUAUUUCAUUCGUAAUUUACAUGAUUCAUUAAGUGGACAUAGAUCCCAUAAUGUAGCAGAAGCAGUAAAAUUUUCAGAUGAAAGUAGAACAAAAUGUAUAGGAAUUACUAUUGAAACACGUCCUGAUUUUUGCUACUAACCUCAUCUUUCGGACAUGCUUUUAUAUGGAUGUACUCGUAUUGAAGUAGGAGUACAAUCUAUAUAUGAAGAUGUUGCAAGAGAUACUAAUAGAGGACAUACUAUUGAAGCUGUAAAAAAAUGUUUUAGGCUUUCAAAAGAUGCUGGCUUCAAGGUAGUUUCUCAUUUAAUGCCUGACUUACCUAAUAUGGGAGUUGAAAGAGAUAUAGAAUCUUUUAAAGAAUUUUUUGAAAAUCCUGAUUUUAGAGCUGAUGGUUUAAAAAUAUAUCCUACUUUAGUUAUUAGAGGCACAGGUUUAUAUGAAUUAUGGAAAAAUGGAAAAUAUAGAAAUUAUCAUCCAAAUGCUUUAGUAGAAAUUAUAGCUAAAUUAUUAGCUUUAGUUCCUCCAUGGACUAGAAUAUAUAGAAUAUAAAGAGAUAUUCCUAUGCCUUUGGUAACAAGUGGAGUUGAUAAUGGUAAUUUAAGAGAACUUGCUUUAAUAAAAAUGAAAGAUAUGAAUAUUCCUUGUAGAGAUAUUAGAACAAGAGAAGUUGGCAUUAAAGAAAUUCAUCAUAAAGUAAAACCUGAUUAAGUCGAAUUUAUUAGAAGAGAUUAUUUUGCUAAUGAUGGCUGGGAAACUUUCCUUGCUUAUGAAGAUCCUAUUUAAGAUAUUCUCAUUGGUAUGCUAAGAUUGAGAAAAUGUGGUGUUUCAACUUUUAGACCUGAAUUAUUAGGAAAUGUUUCUAUUGUUAGGGAAUUACACGUUUAUGGUUCAGUUGUACCUAUUCAUUCUAGAAAUCCUAUAAAAUUCUAACAUUAAGGAUUUGGUACAAUGCUUAUGGAAGAAGCAGAAAGGAUAGCUAAAAAAGAACAUGGAUCUACUAAAUUAGCAGUUAUUGCAGGUGUAGGAACUAGACAUUAUUAUAGAAAAUUAGGAUAUGAAUUAGAAGGACCAUAUAUGAUAAAACAUUUAAUAUGA